CUCGGGCCUCUUGAGCCACCGCCUCGUUCAGCACUCGACCCUGUCUUCUUUCUGACUUCUGACUGACGGACUGAGUCUUCCUACUACACACACCAGCCAGCGCCGCUACCUCUGUCCAAAAUGAGUGCAUCCAAGGCGCAGUCUCAGAAAAUCUUCGAGAAACUCAAGUUGAAACCCGCAAACAAGAUAUGUUUCGAUUGUGGCUCCAAAAACCCGACCUGGUCGUCUGUUCCUUUCGCUAUUUACCUGUGUCUCGACUGCUCGGCCCACCAUCGUAACUUGGGUGUCCACAUCUCGUUCGUGCGCUCGACCAACUUGGAUCAAUGGCAAUGGGAACAGCUUCGGAUGAUGAAAGUGGGUGGGAAUGAAUCGGCGACGAAAUAUUUCCAAUCGCACGGUGGUUCUGCGGCCCUCGCGAGCAAGGAUCCCAAGGUGAAAUUUACAUGCAAUGCCGCGGUCAAGUACAAGGAGGAGUUGAAGCGGAGAGCAGCUGCAGAUGCGCAACAGUAUCCUGAGGAAGUUGUUAUCACUGAUAUCCCCGCUGGCACUCCUUCUGACGGCUCCAAUACCCCCGCCGGCGAAGACGAUGAUUUCUUUUCUUCUUGGGACAAGCCCUCGAUCAAAAGACCCAGCAACCCUCCCUCCCGCACAAAUACCCCCCCAGUUGUCAGCCGCACGGCCUCGCCGUUCCUUGCUGCUGGUGCCAACGGCGCUCGCUCAAAAUCGCCCCUUUCCGCCUCCGACAAAGAGUCCUCCGCUUCCGUCCCUGCCGCAGUGAGAGCCGCGCCUGCCGUUCGCAAGGUCCCCGCGGCUGGUGCCGCAAGGAAAGGUAACGUGCUGGGUGCUAAGAAGGUGCCUAAGCUUGGAGCCAAGAAGGUGGUUGGUGCAGAUGCGAUCGAUUUCGAUGAGGCGGAGAAGAAGGCCAAGGAGGAGGCAGAACGUAUCCAGCGACUUGGAUACGAUCCCGAAGCAGAGCAAGCCGAAGCCGACGCCGCAGCCAAGUCGGCAUCCGCAGCCACACCCAUUGCCGCUCCAGCCCCGAUCAGCCCGAGCAGAGGAGGGUUUGGAGCUACUGGUAAGGCCCACGAACGAAGCGCCAGCGAAAUGGAACGUCUCGGUAUGGGCAUGGGUCGACUGGGAUUCGGUCAAGUGAGCAAGCCCGCUGCUCCCAAAAAGUUGGGAUUCGGAGCAGUCGGUCCGAAGUCGCCUGUGAAUGAAGAGGAGCUGGCAGAAACCAAGACGCGGUUCGGUAACCAGAAGGGUAUCUCUUCGGAUGAGUUCUUCGGACGAGAUCGGUUUGAUCCGAGCGCCCAGGCAGAGGCCAAGGAGCGCCUCCAACAGUUCGAUGGAGCUACCUCUAUCUCCAGCAAUGCCUACUUCGGCCGGCCGGAAGACGAGCUCCCGGCUGCGGAGGAUACCUAUGGCGAUCUGGAGAACGCAGCCAAGGACUUUGUCCGUCGCUUUGGUAUCACUGCAGGUGACGACCUGGAAAACCUGUCACACCUCGUUGGAGAGGGUGCCACUCGGCUGCAAGGAGCUAUCCGGAGUUAUCUGAACAGCUGAGUCGGAAGUGCACUGCAUUUCCUCGAUCAAUCUCUCUUAACGAAAAGAUACACCAUGUCUUGGCUUUAUUCAGUUGUUAGCAAUAUCUGUUUUCUCCUUCAGUUCUUAUUAACAUAAGUACAAUUCAGUUGAUGCUUUUUUAAAAAUGACCAUUGCGACGCAAGAAAGAACUGUCCGAUAACUAUUUCUAGGCUAAAUAAUUACUCAAGGAAUUUGUUGGCUGUACUACUGACCUACUCCAUAGCUCAACCUGCUUAUUAGUAUUUAAAUAUUCAACUACUAUCUUGAAAAGAAU